ACGUGGAAACACCUGAACACGAUUACAGGAAUUUAAAAAAACAAGAUCGGGUGAACAGGUGACAAGUGGAUAUUGGAAAAUUAAGUUGGUCUGAAAUUGUUGAGUGGCAGAGAUGGUUUGCGGAGGAUUUGUUUGCACCAAAAAUUCCCUUUGCGCACUCAAUGUGCUUUACGUGCUAGUGAGCCUGCUGCUGGUGGGCGUGGCGGCGUGGGGCAAAUGGUUCGGCCUGGUGUCCAGCAUCCAGGUGGUGGCGGGUGUGAUCUGCGUGGGCAUCUUCCUGCUCCUGGUGGCCUUUGUGGGGCUGUGCGGCGCCCUACGGCACCACCAGGUGCUGCUCUUCUUCUACAUGAUCAUCCUGUCGCUGGUGUUUGUGGUGCAGCUGUCUGUGUCCUGCGCCUGUCUGGCCCUCAACGAAGACCAGCGGAAUCAUCUCCUAGAAGUGGGCUGGAACAAGUCGGAGUCAAUGCAGACGGAUGUGGAAAAGACACUGAAUUGUUGCGGCUUCUCCCACGUGGACUACAACAGAUCGUGUGCCGCCAUUUGUUUUAAGCAGCAGCCGCCAUUGUCAUGCACCACAUGCUCAGACAUCAUCGAGAAGUAUGCCGGACAAGUACUGCGCUUCGUGGGUGGUAUUGGACUAUUCUUCAGCUUCACAGAGAUGCUUGGUGUUUGGCUGGCCCGUCGCUACAGAAACAUAAAAGACCCCCGAUCAAAUCCCGGAGCCUUUCUAUAAUGAUCAAUUGUCUUGCUUUUGUAAUUAUGAUACUUGCUAUUUACGUUGCACGGCUUUCCCGUUGGCAAAUGCUAAGAAGUGUGUAUGAUUUAAAGACAUGUUUCCUAUUCUUUUCAUGUGUUGGUGACCCAGUGCUCAAAACCACUACGAAUGGCAGCAUAGCCUAGCCUAGUUUCGCAUGUUGGCUUCAACGUAAACACAUUCCCCACUUUAUGUAUUUACUAUUUUGGGGGUGAUUGCACGAACUAUGCACUGCGGACAGUUAGCUUUAAGGCUGAGACACUGAUAGCAGCUAUGUGAAGUCAGGCAAACGUUUAUCUCGUCUAAGCUACACUGUUAAAUAUUCUUUUCACAUGUGGAUGACACGAUCAAUGCUCAAAGUCUAGCAUGUAGGCUUGAAUGUAAUCUAGGGUUUGUUUUUUUUCAAGGAUAAUGCAAAAAAGCAUAGUUAACCAGUUGGUUUUCACACACUGAAAGUAGCUACCGAAAGCGCUGCCAGCUCCUCAUUCCUGUUAGCUGUCUAAGCUAAGGAUGCUCAAUGGCUUUUGAACUGAUCUUAAAAAGAUGCUAGCCUGUAUAUUUCACAACUGAAUUGUCUUAGUAAUACUCUAUGGCAGAAAAUGUAUACAUCUAUUGACAAUGAUAGCAUGCUAACACACUACGGCAUAUCAACACCUAAGGCACAUUUUAUAAAAUACCUUCAGAUUUUUUUUUUUUUGGAUAAUUUGGGUUUUCAAUAUUAUGGAUUCAAAAAGCGUACAAGUUUAAAUCUUGAAAAUUUGAUUUAUAUCUUCAUUAUGUCCUUCCAAUGGAGUGUUCAGCAAUAAAUGUCUCGUGGAGUCCUUUCA